AAGGGAAACUGUCAUCUGACGAUAUCUGACAACAAAGUGCCAUCCUUCAGGCGUCUCCUUGGCGCGCGCAAUUAAUUAAUGUAAUCGGAGUUACAGCGAGCCUCUCAUCAUCCUACGGAGCACAGCUCCGUCCCCCAAACGCGGUGAUGGCGAAGAAGGCGCUGAGCAAAAAGUCUUUCAAAACUUUGUUCACCAAGAGUGAACCCAACCCGGACGAGUCGUCGGUGAAGAGCGCGGAGAAAAAAACGGACGAGAAGAAGAGGUUCAAGUUGCCAAAGUUGAAGAUAAAGUCGAAGGGGAGCCCCUCUUUCCUGAAGCAGCAGGUGUUCAGUCCUGCUGAACCCGCUACCAGUCCGGUGGAUGGACCUGUCUUGGCCAAGACAAAAUCAUCAAUAUAUGCCAGUGCGCCGAGGUCAAAGGCCCAACACUUGAGCACCUCUGAGACCAAUCUCCAUAAGCCCAACAAAUUUGCCACAUUUUCCUUCAGUCUUCUGAAAAAGCAGAAAAAGAAGAAAGACGAGAAUCUCUCUCGAAGCGCUUUUGGUCUCCAUCGACCGGAUAUUGAAGAGCAUAAUGAGAGAAGCGUGGACCUCGGUUCGAUGGCCGACGAUCAGGGCAACCGAAGAGCAAUGCUCAGCAUGUCUCAGCCAGCGCUCGACACCAGUGACAACUUUGACAUACCUUCCCCUCCCUCCGUACAUUCCAAUGUCUUAAAAUCCUACUUGGCUCUCUCGCAACAAACGCGUCACACUCGUACCGCCAAGGCAGGACUUCGGGAACAUCCGACGAAUGGCUCGGACCUUCUCUUGCACGCUCAAGGUCAAAACUCAGCAACUGCGGAUAUUCCCGUUCAAUCGGAAGAGAAAGAAAACAGUCCCGUGGACGGCAACCGGUCUGAUUCUCACCUGAGCCAGCCCCCUUUACCGGAUGCUUCAUAUCAAUUUCCCGAUGAAGCGGUCGGCGGCAACUUAGCCGAGGAACGCCGUGUUUUCCAGCAAUCGAUCACUGACAUUUUGAUCGCCCGGGCCGGCAAUGCUCCACCGUCCCAUCAUGAAACGAACGUCCUCGACACGCUUGAUGGUGGAUCCCCAAAUGAUGAAGCUGAUGCUACUGAGAGCGCUACGGAAUCUGCUAUGGUCCAACAGGACGUCCUAUCGACUCACGGCGAAACUUCGGAGAGUGCCGACAAAACGUUGCCCGUUAGCAAUCGUACCAUCAGUCCGUCUGUCAAUCAAGAUGCGGUUUAUGGCGCUUUGUAUGACUCGCUGUUCCCCCGAAGUUUCACCAGCGAAGCGCUGUCUUCAGUCCCGACAAGUCAUGCCGACAUCUACCACGAGACCAGAACCGUCACCAAAUCCGAACCCCUUGUGAUUGAAACAUCUUCACAUUUUGAGAAAGAAACAAAUGUUAUUUACACCCAAACUUCGAGCGUCCCCGAUAGAAAUCCUACUUUUGGUGUUUACGACGAGCGGCCCUCCCGCCAGAGGUUUUACGCUUGCAAUACGAUCUCGAAGGACCUAAUUACCCCCCGCGGCUAUCAAUCUUCCUCUUCCCGUCCCUCGAGCUAUUCAGAACAUCUCGACAAGAGUCCUUAUUCAGUCCGCCCCAAUGCAGGCAUCAAAUUAAACAAUGUCGGUCUAUGUGAAGAAACCUCAGCCCCCGUGGCUACAAACGCUGCCCUUCCUGUUUCUGACUAUAUAACAACCCUAGGGACAGACACUCGGGUUACAGACUCCAAACGGAGGGCGAUCCUCGUCAAAGAGGUCGUGGCCGAGGGGGUGAGUCGUGAUUCUGGAUUUUUCUCUUCUAAACCAGACGAAGUGACCGCAGCAAUAGGUUUGAAGAGAGAAAUGGAUGCGGAUCAAGACUUUGUUUCUUCUCCCACCCCUGGACUCCAGAAGACUUCUUCUAUGCCUUGCAGCCCGGUGUAUCUGAGCGUAGGAUCAGAUGAUGGGAGCACCGUGGACAUCUAUUUCAGCGCGGAGGAGGACAACAUGGAUAGUUUGGAUGAGCAGAUACACGUCGGGGACAAGAGAGAAGACGAAAGUUUUGGGGGUCCGGCAGAGGUCAGCCGCUUCGAGAAGGUGCCGCUGGUUAAAGAGGCAAUUGAGAGAACGGAACAUUUUGCGCUCCUUAGCUUCGGGGGAAGUGAAAGAGCCAACAAGGAAAUGCAAGAUCUCGAAGAGGAUCGGCACAAAUUCCAAAGAAGUCAGAGAGAAGAAUUCCAAGUGCCCUUCAAUGAUAGAACCGAGUUUUUUCAAGCUGAAGAGGAGUUGGUCGCCCAGGUACUGCCACAGAUAAAAGAACAGGAGUUACCGGUCACACCGGUUCUACCGGCGAAAACAGCGAUGGUAUGCGAGUUGGCUGCACCCUCCGGUAACAUGCAGGGGCACGGGGCUGACGAAACCUGGAUCAAGGUCACCGAAACACCAAAGUGGCCCUUAAGCGAGGAACGAAAUCUGCCAGACCGAGAUCUGCAAAGUCCCCGAUGUUUGCUUCAGAACAACACCAGGCGGGAGGAUAAAGACUUAAGCACAUAUCAACUCAAAGAGGCAGAGGAGAAAUGUUUAUCGAUUGCAGUUACAGCUCAAGAAGAGCGGCAGGAGCAUGCGUGCAACCCAAGUACCAGUUCGACAUGUGCCCUUCUGGGCUCUCGCGUCGCCGAGGUAGACGCGAGCGUCGCGUCGCACGGCGCCGAGCUGCAAUCAGACGCCGCUGCAAGUCGACACAAUAGGGUGGCACGGGAGAGCGAGUGGGCGGAUACAAUUGCUGAGAGCGCAGGAAGCGGCGUGCGGCGAGACCAGGGAGCAGUUGAGCUGUCAGACCUCAAAGCGGACACACGCCAUCCUCGGGAAGAAGCUCCGCAGGAACUCUUUGGGACGCAGGAGCAGCUACCAGAAGCGCAAGCUGACCUUAAAGAGCGAUCCCCCACAGCACCUUCUGACACCUUUCAUGCAAACGAUCCCGAGGCCCACGCAGACCACCAACCCGAUGACAAAAUGUAUUCAGGCUACAGCAGCCUGAACGCCACCCUCUCCAUGAAAAACUCGCCCCCAGAUAAACUGCAUGAAUCCGGAGACCGUUUCCGUCAAGUAUCCCCGAUGCGUGACAACGCAGCCCAGCGGGAGGCGCUGGCUUUCGGCCGAACGGAGUCAAACGGAGCAACGCUUGGUACGGAAAGCGUCCGGAAAAGUUCAUUUGAUGGUGUGUCCAGAUUCAUGCCCCAAGACGAGCCAUUUUUGUCGGGUAAUCAGAGCUACAGACUGUCUGACACCUCCUCCGGCUCCUACUCCUCCUCCGUUCUCCCCGAGGCUCCGUCAUACAGCUACAGCGGCCAAAGUGAGUUUGGCAGACAGCCAAAAGCCUUCCCCGCGGACGACACAGACGCAUCCUGUUUUACUGGUGUGUUUAAGGCCACCCUCGUGGAGCUCGACGACCCAGCGGCUCCCGGCUCCACACCCCCGGCCUCCCCGGACGUUGACUGCAACCAGUCCGACAUGGACAACCUGGUGGAUACCCUCAAGAGCAUGGGGCCCUCGUUGAGGCCGAGAGGCAUGGGCCUGCGCGGGCCCGCCGGCAUCCCCGUCUCCGCCUUGCCGCCCAUCGUGGAAGAUGCCCCCAGCCCCGUCACCUCCGACAUCAUCGCAAGCCCCACAAAGAGGACGGAAGCCGGACCGGCCGGCGAGGCCCGCAAUGGAAUUUUUGCGCUACCCGCCGAUCUGGGCCUCAAGAGAAACACGAGCAGAGACACACGCUCGCCCAUGGAGUUAAUGAAGAAGCAGGAGCAGCCUGGACCAAGAGACAUGCCCCUCAGAGCAACCGCCACCCAAAGUAUUCUCAUGAGGAAAUCCUCCGAUGCUUCAGAUGAGCACAAAUCCCUCAAUGGGAACGCGACGCAGCAGCCGUCAAAAACCCGUCUGGAAAACAGCGUCAUCUAUGGAAGUUACAAAUCCUCCUCCGUAGAUCAAACGCAGGAAAACAGCAAAUUCCAUCGCUCGGUGUUCCGCUCCGGCUCGCUCCCCGAGUUGGGCUCUUCCAAUAUUCUGAAGGAGCUCAGCGAAGUCAACACCGCCACAGAUUCAUCAUCCCGCUUUGAACGCUUAUCUUUUCUCAUCAAUUCCCCGCCUUCUUCAUCCAGCUUCUCGAGCGGGUCCGAUGACGUCACCCCUCGCAGAAGUCUGCCCCUGCAACAGAACUUCACGUCGUCGGUGUCGAGCAGCGGCGCCUCUCGCCAUCUCAGUCCCACCAGUACUUUGGAGAAUCACCGGCUGUUCCCCACCACCGAGUCGUCCUCCUCCUACUCCAAAUUUGGCCAGACGCUGGGCCAAGGAAUUGGCGCCAGCGCCAUCAGUGCCCCUCUGCAGAGGAGCUUCAGUCACGAAUCCAUUUCGGUGGGCGCUCAACAGAAUUCGCUGAUCAACAACAACCUCCUAAGAGGACCUCAAGUCCAAAAAACUGAACCGGAGAGGAAUGUAAAAUACAGAGCCUUUCCCGAUGCUUAUCUCACCAAAGAAAAGGAACAUGGGAAGCUCAACCCUCGUCCCGGGAAGGUGUAUAUUUUUGACCGGCCCGGGAUGUGCGGCCAGAGGAUCGAGUUGUGCGGCGAUAUUGCCGACGCCACGUCCUGGGAGCUGCAGGAGACCAUUUCCAUCAGGGUGGUCCGAGGAGGAUGGGUUCUGUAUGAGCAGCGCAACUUCAAAGGAGAGAAGAUCGCCCUGGAUGAGGGCGACAUCGAGCUCACCUGCCCUUUCCAGCAACCCGAGGCGGAGGGCGAGCAGCAGACCAAUGGACAGAAAGUCGCCGAGGAGCAAAAGGGUGAAGAGAACGGAGAAACGAGCGAGGGACAGACCAAAACGAAAGCAGCCAAGAGGUCCAUUAUCGGAUCUGUUCGACGGGCAGUGAGGGACUACAGCGUCCCUGAAAUCAGUCUUUUCCCAGAGGAGAACGCCGAAGGGAAGAAAGUCAUCUUCAGAGAUACGUCGGAGGAUGCGAGAAUUUUUGGAUUCCCCAUCAAGGCUAAUUCCAUCAUCAUUAAUGCCGGACUGUGGUUGGUGUUUUCGAAACCCUUUUUCGAGGGCUCGCCGCGCGUGUUGGAAGUCGGGGGGUAUUCCAAUCCUGCCUCCUGGGGUGUCGAGCAACCCUAUGUGGGGUCGUUGCAUCCGCUCAAAAUCGGGGAACCAAAAGUGGAAAACAUAAGUGAACCAACGAUUGAGAUUUUCGAAAGGUCGUAUUUCACGGGCAAAUCAAGGAUCCUCACCUCGAACAUGAAAGAUUUCAUGACACGGGUGGACAGGCAGCAGGGCGCCUUCAUGUACUCUGUGGGCUCCCUCAAAGUGCGCGGAGGAAUCUGGGUGGGCUAUGAGAAGGAAGGAUAUCGAGGCCACCAGUACCUGCUGGAGGAGGGCGAGUACCACGACUGGAGAGUGUGGGGAGGCUCAAACUCUGAGCUGCGCUCCGUUCGGGUCCUCCAGGCUGACUUGAGCGACCCCUUAAUGGUGAUGUUCGAGCAGCCAGAGGAAGAGGAGGGUGCCGUUGCCCAAGAGGAGAACACGUUCGAGGUGACGGAGGCCAUUCCAGAUGUUGAGCUUUUUGGCUUCAAGAUCAACACCCGUUCAAUCCAAGUCUUCAGUGGAGUGUGGGUAGCCUACUCCCAUGUGGACUUUUCCGGUAACCAAUACAUCCUGGAGAAAGGCUUCUAUAGUACGAGUGCCGACUGGGGUUCCCGUGACACUCGCAUCUGUUCCGUGCAGCCAGUUCGUUUGGCUCCAGCUGACGGUAACAGGACCAGAAAUGAGAUACUAUUGUACUCAGAACCGGAUUACAAGGGAGAGUGCCGUAUCUUCAACUACAAAGAGGAAGCCGCAACAGAAGAAUUCCAGACCAAGUCCUGCAGAGUUGUUGGAGGAAGCUGGGUUCUCUAUGAGAAUAAAGACUUUUCAGGGACCAUGUAUGUCUUAUCAGAAGGAGGCUAUCGCUCAUUAACAAGCAUGGGCUGCCCACCAAACACCUUCAUCCGCUCCGUCAAGGCUGUGCCGAUGAGUUUCUCAGUUCCAUCCAUCUCAUUGUUUGGACUGGAAGGGCUGGAGGGAAGGGAGAUCUCAACAGACUCUGAGCUUCUCAACAUGCAAGCGGAGGGCUUCAAUGACCACGUCCUUUCGGUCAGAGUCAACAGUGGCUGGUAAGAUAAUUUGUGGGUGUUGAAGGGAAGGAGAUGAACAUGAAUAAAAGUAAUAAUACAUUUUCUGAGGAUUUCUGUUUUGUUGCUGUCGAAUUGCAUGAAUUUAGAGGUGAACCGGGAUUUAAUAUCUGAUCAUGAGGAGGUGCGGGAAGUGGGUGGAAC